UCCCCUUUUUUAAAACAUUGUUUUUACUUUUUAUCUACUUGAUACUAACACUGUUUUAUGGAUGACUUCUUUCUCAAGCCGCCCGUCGCCCCCCACUUCUCCUGUAGUGGGGAGGGCUCCAGUCCGCCCUCCUAUGAGAAUGUGCGGCACAAGUGGCACCCAGAGGUGUGCCUCCACUGCCCCGAUGUGCCCAUCCUCCUGGUGGGCACCAAGAAGGACCUGAGAGCCCAGCCUGACACCGUGCGGCGCCUCAAGGAGCAGGGCCAGGCGCUGGCCAAGCAGAUCCAUGCUGUGCGCUACCUCGAGUGCUCGGCCCUGCAGCAGGAUGGCGUCAAGGAAGUAUUCGCUGUCCGGGCUGUGCUCAAUCCCACACUGGUCAAGCGUGGGCGGUCCUGCGUCCUCUUGUGACCUUGGCACUCAGCUUAGAGGCUGCCCCUGCCCCCCACUAGUUGUGCCUUGGCGCCUUGUCUGCCCCCAGCUGUGCCUUAAGGACUAAUUCUGGCACCCCUUGCCAGGGGGCUCCCUGAAUGCCUGUUUCUCCGUAAGGAGGCCCACAGGGAAAAGGGCUGUGGGCCCUGCCCCAUUCUGCUUGGGAAUACCAGGUAUUCUUGAGAGCUCACCCAGGCCAAGGUUGGAUCCCUCCCCAAGAAGCCAACCCAGUGCCCCCUCCCCAUUUUCCCCUACUGACCAGUUGAUCCAGCUUUCUACACAGAUGUUGCUGCCUUCCCUCAGGUUAGGGACUCUCAGCUGUCCCUAACCUCUCCCUCACUGCUCUUCGAAUUGCUCCCCCCUCAAGAUGUUCUUUCCCUGUC